AUGUUCGAAAGUUUUGAAAGUCGACAAACAACUUUACCCCCACACGCUCCACCCACCGAAAGUGCUCGAGCCGGGUUAUAUCACCCUACACUAAAUGAAAUAAAAGAAGAUUCGAUUUCUUUAAAAGCUCAACAAUAUUGGCAAAAAAAAGAUGCCAAGUGGGAUCCGGAGAUCGUUGAUCGAAUCUAUAUAAAAGAAUUAGAACAUAAUAGAUUUGAAACUAAAAAAUUGAUGUUAUUAGAAUUUAGUCAAUAUUUAGAAAAGUAUCUUUGGCCAAAUUAUGAUGACGAAAAAGCUACUUUGGAGCAUGCAUUGUCGAUAGUGUUAAUGGUCAAUGAAAAAUGUAGAGAACGUAUACCUGCUUGGGAACCAAUUAUUAAGAACGGAGUGCAUGAUGUGAGAGAUCUUCCUUAUAUUCUUAUGUUGGUGUCACUCAUGACAUGGCAUUGUUUUGGAACUUCUUCAUUAAGAGAUCAAGAAUUUGCAACAAAUAAAAAUCUUAAAAAGCAAUGGAGAGCUUUUGAAAAGAAAUAUAAAAAUGCAGCACAAAAGGAACAAUUGUUAUUUCAAAGAACUUGGAUUAGUAAUUAUAUGAAAGGAUUUGUGGAAGUAUUAUAUUCAAUACCAGAAGUUGGUGAUAUGGAUCCAGAUGCGAUUGCAUAUUGUGAACGGUUUUUAGAAUUUUUGAUAGAUUUAGAAGCUCAACUUCCCACAAGAAGAUAUUUCAAUACACUAUUAGAUGAUCACCAAAUAUUGGUGUUAUGUAAAUUGUCACCAUUAGUUAAACGUGAAAAAGGAAGUGAGCUGUUCAAGCAACUCUUGGAAAUAUUAAAGUUUUAUGCAGGAUUUGAGAUCCAUGAUCAUACUGGAUUAGCAUUAAGAGAUGAUGAGAUGACAGAAUUACAUUGUAAAAAGUUAACAGAAUUGCAGCAUAUUGCAUAUAGUCAUUUCAAAGAAUCAUUAAUAUUAUUAGCAUUAUCAAAUUUAUCUUCAAUUGAAAAACGGGAAGAUUUAUUAAUUCAUUUUGGUCCACUUGAUCAUGAAGAAAUAAUAAGAUUAUGUAAAUUCUUAAAUAUAAGAUAUCAAAAAUUGGUUGGGGAAGGUGUAUAUGAUAAAGAAUUUUUAUUAGAAGUUUUAAUUGGAAAAUUUGAAAAGAGAAUAAGUCAAAUUGAUAAAAUUAAUUCACUUCCUUUAUAUCCUGAUGAGAAUACACUUUUUGAUGAUGCAGUGGUAAAGACACAAUUUUAUUCUGGGGAUUUACCACUAGCACUUCCCAAACUUAAUUUACAAUUUCUCACAAUUCAUGAUUAUUUGUUGAGAAAUUUUAAUUUAUUUCGACUUGAAAGUACUUAUGAAAUUCGUCAAGAUAUUGAAGAUGUGGUUAAACGUUUGGCACCGAGAGUAACUUAUCCAUCAGGAAUGAAUGAAUUUACUGGUUGGGCACGUAUGGCUGUAGAAAUUGAACAAUUUAACAUUGUUGAAGUCACUAAACCUAAUCUUGGUGAAAAUAAGCCGGCGCAAGUUAAAGCGGAUGUGACAUAUAAACUUGGUCGUUAUACAGAAUCUAUUCAAAAUGAAUGGGAUUCCUUAAAGCAACAUGAUGUAUUGUUUUUAUUAUCAAUUCAAGCUCAUGACGGUACAUCCGAUAAAUAUAAAGAUGAAACACCAUUCCGAGAACAUUUUGGAUUAAAAUAUGUUAGAGGUUGUGAAGUGAGCGAUAUUAUUGGUGAUGAUGGAAAACCGAUUGAUGAAGUGGGAAAACCUCGUAUUGAAGAUCGUAGACCUAAAAUUUCCGGAAAUACAAGGACUCUUCCUGUAUUAGAAACUAUUCGCGAUUUAAUGCAGAGUGAAUUGGUAGUUCCUGAAUGGUUACAUAAUGUUUUCUUGGGUUAUGGUUUUCCUGGUAGUGCUCAUUAUAUAAUGUUACAAAAUUUGCCCAAAGAAAUUGAUUUUCGGGAUACUCUCUUGGAUUACGAUCAUUUAAAAAUAGUUUCUGAUGAAAAAGAUACUCUUUCCCCUCCUUACGUUAUUCAAUUCCCAGAAGUUAGAAAGAGAGAACUAGAAAAAUCUGAAAAUAUAGAUCCAAAUGAAUUAAAGAAAGUUGAAAAUGAAAUUGUUGUUAAGACAUAUACUAUGCCAAAUAUGGUGGAAGCUAUUAAAUCGGGAACAAAUCCUGGUUUAACUAUGGUAGUUGGUCCUCCUGGUACGGGUAAAACGGAUGUGGCGGUUCAAAUUAUUGCUAAUCUUUAUCAUAAUUUCCCUGAACAACAUACUUUAUUGGUUACUCAUAGUAAUCAAGCACUUAAUCAGAUAUUUGAAAAGAUUAUGGCACUUGAUGUGGAUGAACGACAUUUGCUUCGUUUAGGUCACGGUGAAGAAGAAUUAAAUACUGAAUUAAGUUUUAGUAAAUAUGGUCGCGAAAAACGUCUCUCUCUUCUAAAGGAAGUAGAUCGUUUAGCCAAAUCAUUAAAUGUAGGAGGGGAACAUGGAUAUACUUGUGAAACUGCUGGUUACUUUUAUUUAUAUCACGUCUUAUCAAAAUGGGAACCUUAUAUUGAUAAAUGUCGACAAGGAUUAGAAAAAAGAAAUGUUUCGGUGGAAAUAAUGCGAAAUGAAUUUAUCUUUACCAAAUAUUUUGCUGAUGCACCUCAACCUCUUUUCCCCGAAAAUGCUAGUUAUGCUGAAACUUUGGAAAUUAUUGAAGGAUGUUUUAGACAUAUUGAAAAGAUUUUUACAGAAUUAGAAGAAAUAAGAGGAUUUGAAUUAUUGAGAACAAGUUAUGAUAGAGCAAAUUAUUUAUUAACUAAAGAAGCUAAAAUAAUUGCUAUGACUUGUACUCACGCUGCACUUAAGUAUGAUAAUGUUGUAAUGGAAGAAGCAGCCCAAAUUUUAGAAGUUGAAACAUUUAUUCCAUUAUUACUUCAAGAAACUGAAGAUGGAAGAAGUAGAUUAAAGAGAGUCAUCUUAAUAGGGGAUCAUAAUCAAUUACCACCAGUUGUUAAAAAUAUGGCAUUUCAACAAUAUGGAAAUAUGGAACAAAGUUUAUUUACAAGAUUCGUUAGAUUGGGUGUACCAACUAUUGAUUUAGAUUCUCAAGGUCGUUCCAGGCCAUCAAUUGCGUCAUUAUUUAAUUGGCGAUAUAAUAAUUUAGGUGAUUUACCAGUCGUUCAUGAACAGUAUGAAUAUAAAAAAGCAAAUGCUGGAUUCACAUAUGAAUAUCAAUUAAUAAAUGUUGAUAAUUACGCGGGUAAAGGGGAAACAGAACCUGUUCCUUUCUUUUAUCAGAUAUCGAUAUUAACAACGUACAACGGUCAAAAGGCUUUAAUACGGGAUGUUUUACGACAGCGUUGUUCGUGGAAUCCUUUGUUUGGUCAACCAGCCAAAGUGACUACUGUCGAUAAAUAUCAAGGACAACAAAAUGAUUUUCGAACAAGAAACGUUGGACAUAUUAGAGACGUACGACGUUUAAUAGUUGCGAUGUCUCGUGCACGAUUAGGUCUUUACGUUUUUUGUCGCCUUGCAUUAUUUAAAAAUUGUUAUGAGUUGACAUCAACUUUUGAUAGAUUAUUGGAACGUCCGACUGAAUUAAGUUUGAGAAUUAAUGAGAUGUGGCCUUCGAAUAGAGAUUUUGAUGAUUAUAGCGAACCUUUUACUAUCGUCGAUGUAGUUCAUAUGGGAAAAUAUGUGUUCCAAAUGAUGCAAGAACAAUUAGAAUAUGCCAAAGAACAAAAUGCCGAGAUGGAGGGAUUGAUAAAAGAUGAUAGUCCAGAAGAACAAAUCAUCGUAAGAAAUGAUGAACCUGACGAGGAUAGUGAAGAAUCUGCUGCCAGUGAUGAUUCUAUAGAUUCUCAAAACAACAAGUUAUAUUGA